CAGAAAAGGAGAGUGAGGUGGCCACCGUGGCUUGGUUACCAGUGGUUGCAACUCUCGAGCUCGCAACCAUGGCGGCAGCUAGCGGCAAGCCUGCCGUCCUGCUGCUCCGCCCCGUGGACGCGCCCUUCGCCGCCGCGCUGCGCGACCGCUUCCGCGUCCUCGACCUGUACGCGCCGGGGCAGGCCCUCCCGGCCCUGGCCUUCGUCGCCGCGGCCGCCGCCGUGCCGGAGCCCCCGCGCGCCACGGUCAUCUGGGGCGGCGUGCGCGUGGACGCCUCGUUCCUCGACGGCGCCCCCUCCCUCCGCUGCGUCGUCAGCACGGCCGCGGGGCUCGACCACAUCGACCUGGCCGAGUGCGCGCGCCGCGGCGUCGCCGUCGCCAACUCCGGGGAGGUCUACUCCGCCGACGUCGCCGACCACGCCGUCGGCCUGCUGCUCGACGUGCUCCGCCGCGUGUCGGCGUCCGAGCGGUACGUCCGGCGCGGGUCCUGGGCGGCGCAGGGGGACUAUCCUCUCGGAUCUAAGCUUGGUGGCAAACGUGUUGGCAUCAUCGGCUUGGGGAACAUCGGCUCACGGAUUGCAAAGAGGCUUGAAGCUUUCGGCUGCAUCAUCCACUACAACUCGAGAAAACCUAAGGAUUCGGUCUCUUACAAAUACUUCCCAAAUGUCCAUGAUCUUGCUGCUGAUUCAGACGUGCUCGUUGUCGCAUGUGCACUGAACAAGGCGACGCGUCACAUCGUGAACAAGGAUGUGCUGGAGGCCCUAGGAAAGGGCGGUGUGGUCGUCAACAUCGGCCGAGGAGCAAACAUCGACGAGGCCGAACUGGUCAUUGCACUCAGGGAGGGAAAGAUUGCAGGCGCGGGCCUUGACGUCUUUGAGCACGAGCCCAAGGUGCCCGCGGAGCUGUUCUCCAUGGACAAUGUGGUUCUGUCACGCCACGUGGCGGUGUUGACGGAGGAGUCCAGGUCGGACCUGUGUCUGCACACCAUUGGCAACCUUGAAGCCUUCUUCUCCGGUCAGCCAUUGCUCACUCCGGUGCAUGCUGAUUCUCUAGUGCAGUGAACGUGAGUUAGCAAAUCUGCACCACAACUUUUGUUGGGUGCGGAGUAUGUGCAGAUGUGUGACACGGUGCCUGCUGCUCCAUUUACACGGACACGCAUUGCAGGAGCUGAUACCAGUGAGGUCUCUGCUCACCAUGAAAAAAGAAAAGUUCACAACAUAGAUGAACAUGCAAGGCAAACCACUGCAGAAAUCAGAAAUAGUGCCAACAAAAGUAAUGGAGUUGCUUCUUCUAGUACUACUCUCUGUUUGGCCUUCUGUUGCCGUUGUACACUUUUUUUCACAUGAACAUUCAGAACACAAGAAGCAAAUUUGUGCAGCAUUCCCAACACAUGAACAUUCUGUUGUCGUGAGCACAUUAUUUCUCGCAGACUGAAGUUCAUUCAGGCCGAUCGCAGACCAAUUAUAUCCAGAUAAAUAAAUGGUGCUCUUGUUUCAGAGCUGCACAGGGCUGAGCAGUGGCUUCCCUGCGAAGAAGGCGUCGAGGUUGGCGGCACGGCGACGAGCUUGAUCGUGCUGCGGAUGGACUCCGGCGUGGCCACGGCCCUGUGGCCCGACAGCACCAUGUUGUCCAUGGAGAAGAGCUCAGGCGGCACGGACCACGCCGCAUGUGCUUGGCUUCCAUCCCCAACCGUAAGCCUCCCGUUUCUCUACCUCUCCCGCGGACUGCUCGCCGGAGGUGAGUGGUCGCGCCAGCCAUGCCUGCGCCCAUGACUAUCGACCUCAACGCCACACCUGUGGCCGGCGGGUUGUCCACCGGGGGCCAAAGGAAAAAUAGAUGAACAUGCAAGGCAAACCGCUGCAGAAAUCAGAAGCAGUGCCACCAAAAGCAGUGGGGUUUCCUUCUAGUACUACUCUCUGCCUGGCCUUCUGUUGCCAUUGUACACUUUUUUCAGAUAAACAUUCAGAACACAAGAAGCAAAUUUGGGCAGCAUUCCGCUUGCUGGUUGCAGAUUGCAGUUCAUUCAGGCCGAUUAAUCACCAGAGCACAACAGUGGAUGAUCGCAGACCAAUUUUAUCCAAUCAAUCAAUGGUGCUCUUGUUUCAGAGCUGUGCGGGGCUGAGCAAUGGCUCCCUGCAAAGAAGGCAUCGAGGUUUGCAGCGACAAGCUCGAUCGUGUCGCGGAUGGACUCCGGCGUGGCCACACCUUGGACGUUGACAGGCUCUCUCUCUCAAGGUGCGAUUGCAUGACAAAAAGUGGAGUAUAUCUUAUUGUUUCUUUUUCAUAAAAUAUCUCACUAUUUUAGCCUAUUUAUUACUCCCUUUAUAAAUACAUAUAAGAGCAUUUAGAUCACUAAAGUAAUGAUCUAAAUGCUCUUGUAUUUCUUUACGGACGAA